UACUCAACACAACAUCCAACGCCUGAAGCCCUGUACUGAAUAUGAGCAUCAAGUUUUAUACAAUUAUGGCAAUAAAAUAAUCAAGUGUACCUCCACUGGAAAUAAAGCUGAAACAAAAGAAAUGAGUGAGACGGACAUUACAGGGCAAAGCAGCAUAAAUGGACAUAUUUGCUACCAGAGCCAGUGGAACAUCAGCUCGUUAAAAUUACCACCAAAUAUAACUCCAGUUAAUAAGUCCAGUAGUGACAGUAAUACAUUGUGUGUCCAAACUAAUGACAUCUGCUCUGAUUACAAAAUAACCUUCACUUCAGAAACCUGUGUGAAUACUUCAUUUGAUAUCACCAAAAACAUCAUUGUUGAUUUAUAUAAUUUAACUGAAAUACAGCAAAAUCCUUCCACUGGACUUCCUGCAGUGAUACAGCCAACGUUACCAACGAUCAAAGAGUGUAAAAAUAUCACAGUUCAUUACACUUGUUCAGAAAAAGACAACCCUGGUCAAACGAACAAACCGCUGUCUGAGCUGGAUCCCUUCAGAAACUACCGCUGUACUGGUCUGAUCUUCAACAACAACAUCCCCACAGUUUACACAACUCCACCCGUCCACCUUAACACUGACUGUGAUCUUACAAUAAACUUGGAGAAUAAAAACACGAAUACUUCCAUUAAACUGAGCUGGAAAACAACCAGUCAGAAAUGUAAUGGUGUCCUUCACAAAUUUUCAUAUGACUGCAGUUGUGAUAAAAAAGGUAUUACAGGAAUCCCAAAGCUUCAGUCUGACGGAGGAACGUGUGAUUUUACUGGACUCGAAGCAUUCACUGAUUAUACCUGUAGAGUCCAACCCAAAUACAACGGCAAGACGGUUUCCAAUAAAAAGGAAGUUAUACUGAAAACUGCCCCUGGAGUACCCGACGGUUCCCCUACAGUGACUGUAACUGUGCCGGAGAAUAAUGUGAUUAAAGUAGAGUGUAAGCAUGAAGGCAACAUUAGAGGACCAGACAAAUAUAAAAGAUUCAUAGCACGUCUUCAUCCUGGUGGUGAAAACAAACCACAGAAUGAAACAGUUUGUAAGUUUGAAUUCAAGGAUCUGAGCUACUCUACAGCAUACAGAGUGGAGGUGACUGUUUUCAACGGAUACUUUGAAAGCCAACCGGGCAGAGGAACAGCUGAUACUCGCUACAAUGACAAAGCUGUCAUUGGUUUUUUGAUCUUCCUCAUAUCCGCCGCUCUGCUUCUGGCGGCCUGCGUGUGCUACAGGAAGCUCAGAAAGCGUAGGAGUGACGAGGAUGAAAAUGUGGCCUCAGAAGCAAUUUACAUGAACACACGACCUCCUGGGUGGCGUCAGAAAGAAGCUCAGUAACCAAGAACAUCGCGGAGCAUCAAACUAAAUCUCCAUAAACUCUUUAUCUUUAGUAUUUACGUUGUUCAGUCUUCAUUUGGUCAUUUUUCCAUUUUAGCAAUAA